GUAACAUCUCUUGAAGCUCGGUCCGAUCAUAGCUCCAAGGUAGAGCUCGUUCUCCCGUCCCGCCUUCCUUCCUGCGGGCAAUUCAAGCUUCUUUCUUUCACCCGAGCCGCUCGACGUAGCUCAGAGCCUUCUCACCCGCCACACAACCCCCCUCAGGCCCCAAGGAAACAACUUUCAAUGGGGCUCCUCGACGACACGGCAUCGCUAAUCUCGGGGCGGUCUUCGCACUCGAAGCGGCACCACAAGUCGUCCAAGCGGUCAAAGUCCGGCUCGCGGUCGCGGUCGCGGUCGCGGACGCGCCACCACUCGCACUCGGCCGCGGCCGCCGGCGCGGGGCUGGGCUUGUCGGGCAUCGCGGCGUCCAUCUUUGGCGGCGGCGGCGACGGUGACCACGGCCACGACCACGGCCACGGCCACCGCGACCGGGGCGGCUCCGACUCCGACUCUAGCGGCCACAAGCACCGCAAGCACAAGAGCAGCAGCAGCCGGGGGGCGUCGUUUUUCGGCCUGGGCGGCGGCGGCAACGCCAGCCGCAGCAGCUUCUUCAGCGGCUUCGGCGCAGGCGGUGCGCGCUCGCCGUCAUACUACAAGCGGUCGCCGCGGCCGAACUUCGUGUCGCGGGUGCUGCGGCGGCUAAAGCGGCUGCUACGGGAUCUAGUAUACUACGCGAAGCGGCACCCGCUCAAGGUGUUCAUGCUGGUCAUAAUGCCGCUGAUCACGGGCGGGGCGCUGACGGCGCUGCUGGCGCGGUUCGGGCUGCGGCUGCCGGGGGUCGUGGAGAAGAUGCUCGGCGUAGCAACCAAGGCGGCCACGGGCGACUCGAUCGGGCUCGUGGGCGAGGCCAUGCGCAUGGCCAGCGGCGGCCUCAGCGGCGGCGGCAGCUCUGGUGCUGGGUUCAACCACGCUCAUGCCAGCAUCGAAAGAGGCCGCGACGGAGGCAUGCAGUGGGAGCGCCGGAGCGUCGAGAGAGACGGCUACGGCAGGGGAGCGGGCGGGUGGGGAGAUGGCUUCAAGGGCAUCGCCAAGAUGUUCUCGUGAGAUUUGUUGCGAUGCGGGUCAGUACAGAGCUUGAUUUGUUUGGAUAUGAGAUCAUGUGGUGUGUUUGUUUCCGGGAGGCUUUCUCUUAUUUUGAACCCUGUAUUGCUUUUUGUUCACGACGCGGAGUCUUGGAAUAUACCUGGGCCGAAUAAAUCCCCUUUGUUAUUCUUAUACUC